AUGAUGAAAGCGGAGCAAGGCAGAGUCCUGAGCCUCUGCAUUCUGAUUCUUUGCUGGAACGGCAACACAUCCUCUGCGGCUCCAUCUACUGCACCCCCUCUUGGCACUGAAUCCGUUCUCCCCGAGUCAUCCAGCAAGGGAUUGUUAGAAGGAGAGGGGUCAGCGCAGAUCUCAGCUGGAAAGGGCAGCGCAGUCCUGAUACGGGCCACAAAUCCAAGGCCACCAUUGGAGGCCACUGUUGAAACCAUCAGCACAUAUUCAGAUGGCUCUCUAUCAGUCAACCCCCAAACAGAUGUCACAAAUAUCACUGCCAGCACAGCGCGCUACGCAGUGGUGCUCAAGCCUGGCUUCAACAAGUCAGAGCUGGCGCCACUGUGUGAGUUUGCCGCCAAGAACUUUGGAGUGGUCUGCCAGCACACACUGACCCGCACCUCCUCUGGUUUUGUGACAGAGGCAAGGGAGGAUCAGAUGGUGGCUUUUCUGGCGGCGGCUGGAGAUCUGGUCAGCUAUGCGAGGGAGGACGAGCACCUGCAGCUCUCUGCUGGAACAUUCCAAUCACCUGAAGACCUGAGCGCACAGGCUCUGGGCACCACGAUAUCACAAGGUCUCUGGUCGCUGGACAGGAUAGAUGCCAGAUCUCUGCGCCGCGAUUACAGAUACAAUUUUGAUGGGGACGGAAGCGGCGUACACAUCUAUGUGAUUGACACUGGCAUUAACGCUGUGCACGAAGAAUUCUUGAGCGCCGACGGGGCGGCCUCGCGGAUAAUGACCGGGUUCUCGAUCGACGGCGCGACCCCUCAGUCAGACUGCAACGGCCAUGGAACACAUAUUUCUGCCACCGCUGCCGGCCGCUACUUUGGCGUCGCCAAAAACGCCUUUAUCCACCCUUUGCGUGUGAUUGGGUGCGACGGAUCGGGGUCCAUGCUGGAUGUGAUUACUGCGUUGGAGUGGGUGCAUGCGCAUGCACAGCCGCCGGCUACUGUGCUGAUGUCCCUGGGCGGCCCGGCAGCACAGGUGUUUGAUGACGCCUGCCAGAGCCUGGUAGACGCCGGCAUAUCCGUAGUGGUGGCUGCUGGCAACGAGGGCACGGGUGACUCACCACUUACUAACCCACGCAUGCUAGCUAGGAAUGACGUCAACGUGCUGUGUGGGCUGACGUCAGUAGAAACCGAUAUCAACUCUGAGCAUGACCACACUGCUGAUGCGUGCACGUUCAGCCCGGCGCGGCAGCCGUCGGUGAUAGCGGUGGGAGCGACCGGCGCUGACGACACCAUGGCCAGCUUCUCGAACGGUGGAAGCUGUGUCGACCUGCUCGCGCCCGGUGUUGGAAUCCUGUCUGCCGGCCUGGGCUCCUCCACAGCCACAGCGUUCAAGAGUGGGACGUCCAUGGCUGCCCCUCAUGUGGUUGGUGCUGCCGCCAUCUACCUCGAACAAAACCCCUCCGCUCCUCCCUGGCAGGUGCAGGCAGCACUGCAGUCAAAGGCUAGCUGGAACAGAAUCCUUGAAACCAGCCUAAGUGCUGACACUCCAAACGCACUCCUCAAUUCUCUCCUGCCGCCGCCCCUGAAGGUCUCCUGGGUCGGCAACGGCAGCAGCUUCCUCGUUCUGACAGAUGACAACCAACAGUUGGGCUACCAGCUUGCAGUGGAGCUGACUCAGCGUCCCCAGGGCACCGUCACCAUCUAUCCAACCCCAACUGACUCCUCAGGCCGUCUGGUGCUGAGCGGGACAUUUGCCGCCAACUCGCUGAAAUUCACCGUGGCCAAUUGGGACCAGGCUCAGGGGCUGCUGGCAGCGGCGGCGCGUGACAACGCCCCUGGGGACAGCUCCUUGGCAAUCGACUUUUAUGUUGUCGCCCCUAGCGACCCGGACAUUGAUGGAAAUACGCACGUGUUCCAUGUCGUGGAUGAGCGGACGCUGCCUGGAGAGCAUGCAGACUUCCCUCUGUUGAUCACCGGCGUUCCCUUCACCGGAGCAGGCUCCACUGUGGGAUUCUCCCAGGACUACCACCCUGCCGCCUGUUCUGGCGCGGCAGAGACGCCCCUGCAGACCGCGCCGGACGUGGUGUAUGCAUUUAAGCCGGCGAUCAACUGCGCGGUGUCUGUGUCACUCUGCGGCUCGGCCUUUGACACGAGACUGGCGCUCUACAGCCGGGCAGACGACUGGACUGACUUGACAGAAGUGGCCUGCAACGAUGACUACUGCCAGGACCGCAGCUAUCUUGAGGCAGUGAUGUCAGCGGGGAGCAUCUAUUACUUAGUCAUCUCCGGCUUCCAGGCAGCCGCCGGACAGUACCAGCUGGACGUGCGCUCUCUUGACGGCUCCUCCGUGGCAGGGCUGCAGCUGCGCGGCACCUACGCGGAAGCUCCCUCCGUACCUGCCGCCGCUGCCGUCACGAACGCCUCCCAGACAGGUGUUGGCGCACCGGCAGAUCCAAAACUGCAGAUACAGCCGUGGGACGGCGUUGCCUGCCCAUGCGGCGCUGCCAUGCUGGAAAGAUCGCUCACCUGCACAGACGGCUACCAGCUUCUUCCCCUGUCCAGCUGCGCUGAUGUCAGCGCUGCCACUGCCAGGGGCGCUGCAGAGGGAGUGCAGCUCAGCGGCCCAGUGGCAGACGGCUUGUGCCAGCUGGCGAAGCCGGCGGUGUCGCAGGUGUGCAGCGCUGAGUCAGCGUGCCAGCUGCGCAGCGGCGUUGACUGCUCCAGCAACGGCCUCUGCAGCGCCUCGGCCGGCAAGUGUAUCUGCAACCAGGGCUGGCAGGGAAAGUACUGCCAGACACCCACAGACUGCGCUGGCAGUCUGGAUGCGGCAGGCAACUGCUGCGCGGCUGAGCUAUCGGCGGCCGGCGAGUGCUGCGCUGCCGUGGAUGCUGACAUGGCAUGCUGUGUCAGCGCUGAGCUGGACGCCUCCGGCACCUGCCUGGGCGCUGCCAGCAGCAUAGACCUCCAAGGAGCGCCUUGCCAGGGCAUGAUAGAUGCCGCCGGCUUCUGCUACUACGGGGUGGUUGACGCGUUUGGAGUCUGUAACGGAUGGGACGCCUCAGGACAGAUCGCGCUGUCUCUAAUCGGCGCACCGGCCAGCGCGGCCUCGGCGGCGGCCGUCGCGGGCUACCUUGGAAUUGACCCCAGCCGCUUACACCCCACUUCUCAAGCUUCCGCGGCGGUUGCUGCCAAAAGUGUGGAGAGCAGCCAGGGGUCCAGUCAGCGGCGGCGGCGGCUGUCGGCUGCCGGCAGCACUACGGCGCACUUUGUCAUUGACGCAUUUACCCCCAGCAGCCGUGCAAUCACCUCAUCAACCCUCACCAUGGGCCAGGUGGAGUACUUGCUGGGUGUGGCAGCCGUUGCCAGUGGCGGCAGUGCCAAGGUGGCGGUUUUGGGAGUGACGCCGGUGUCACUGUGCGGCAACGGCGUCUGUGAGACCGGGGAGCGGCCUGUUGCCAACACCAGCUCUAGCAUCGGGUCCGCAGGCUGCCCGGCAGACUGCCCGCUGCCCUUCGUGCCCUGCCCCAAACCCCCCGGAUCGCUCUCGCCCUGCGGGGGGGCCCCGCGGGGGGUCUGCGCGUCGGCCAGCGGCGCAUGCGCGUGCGGCCGCGGCUACGCGGGCGCCGAUUGCGGCGGCUGCUCCGCCGGAUUUUACCGGCAGGGGACGCGCUGCCUCGCCAAACCCAACAGUGGGGCGGAAAGCGCGGCCGCUGCAUGGCUGGGGGCACACUUUGCCACGGUGCUUAUCAUGGCAGGGGCGGCUGCAAUAUUUGUGGCGGCCCUUGGCUCCGCUCUGUGGUGGUGCCGGCACAAGCAACUCCAGCAGACUGGGAACCUGAAGCAACAGCUCAUCAAGGGCUAA